UCACUCACCCAUGUAAGACAACAGCUGUGACUGGAUCUUGUCCUUAUACUGCAGUAAAAAUGAGCUGUAUGUUGGCUAAGAGCAGUCAGACUCAGCAUUGUGUUCUGAGAGUUUUAUAUUGUUCAUCUUUGGAAUUGAACAUCUGUGAUCCCAACUGACAAGAACUUAGAUAUUGUGGUGGUACCAUUCUCCUCCUUUUGAAGUGAAGGACAUGGCAGACAAAUUUUUGUGGGCACAUCUCAGUGAUACAAAUUUACCAUCAGCAUCUAGUGAAACAUUCACAGAUCUGAGUGAUGCAAAUUUACCAUCAGCAUUCAGUGAAACAGGCACAGAUCUGAGUGAUGCAAAUUUACCAACAUCAUUCAGUGAAACAGGGUGGUCCAUCUCCAGUCUGGUGAACACUGUGUGUUCCCUGAGCCACAUGAUAGAGGAAAACUUGGACAGGGCAAGAACAACUCACUUUAGAGAUACCCUGGCGAAAAACGAUGUACUAUUCAAGAAGAAAAGCCAUUACCAUCCUGGACAAAUAGUACAUCUUCGAAAGAGACACUCUGUCAAGUCACCUGCAUGUCGUAUCAUCCUCCCUCCAUUUCCCUUAAAGAGGAGAUGGAGUGAAUUGGCUCUGCCCACAUUCAUGAUGACCUCAAAAAAAGGCAACAUUGUGCAGCAGGGUGAUUGUGUGAAUGUAGUGAAUACAAAUGCGAUAGAGACAGAGGCUACUGAUUUGCUCGCUGAAACAUUCAAGGGGACAAAAAAGAAGGCUGAGAUUGAGGACAUGGGAAUUAACAUCCCGUUUAGUCUCACACCUCUGGACGUGUUGUCCUUCUUAGAGGACACCACAAACAAACGGAACCCUGGAUGUUCCAUCCUCGAGUUACCAUCUACCAAGGCCCAUUUCCGGGAGGCACCCACAGCCCCGAACAGAAACAACAGAAGGCUGUGGAAGUGGGUGAGGAGGCAGAUUAGUCACCCGUUUAGGAGGUUGUUUCUCUGCUUCCCCACUCGAAGUAGAAGACACACAUCAUCCAGGAUUGAUCAUUGGGCCCAGGCCCGUGGUUCCUAAACCACAGGCCUGUGCUUGGCCUGGUGCAGCAGAACUGCCACAGGAGGGAGCCAGGCCAGAAGAGGCAGUGUACACAACCUAUUUUACCUGUCAGACACCUCCACCAACCAGGCCACAACCUCUGUAAUCCCAUCUCCUACAGAAUGUGUGUCUUCCACAGAGCAUGCAUUGGCUGAAAUCUAUGAAGAACAGCAGAACACACCCUUUCCAGUUGCCUGGCUUAGGGGUACCAUAGGACACCAGCUCUUAGCUUGUUUUAUGAGGCUUGCCCACAAUGCCUCAGUGCUGUUUUGUGUGUUCAUUUAUGCCUUGAUGUGAAAAUUCAAGAGAUUUGAAGAAACUGGUGCAGGGUUAUAAUCUCCAUAGUUUAGACAAGAUUUCUUGGGCCUAACAUGUAAAUUCCUUUAUGUUAUUAAAUGCUCACUUGAUUUUUUAAAA